UAGUCGUAGCGAGGAUAAACCUCCCACUUCUUUAGCAGGGUGACAGAAGUGACUGUCCUUCUCACCGAUGAAUUCUCUGUCGACAUAAUUUAGAUCUUUUUCACCUUUUAAACUAAAGGAAAUGAAAUAUUUCUGCCGGUGAGGCUGUGAGAGAUGAGCGCUUCGCUUUCAGGUGAGACAGGAGAAGAGCGGGGUCGGCGAGUACAUUUCUGAACACCGGGCUGCUAAUUAUAGCCGAGAACACCGGCUGACAUCCAAAACCUAACCUGCUCUCACGCACAUCCACCUGGACGCGCGCAGUCCACUAGAUAUGUAUGGCAAGACAUUAGUGGCAAAUGUCGGCGCUUUUCCAGGAAGGGAAAUGAUGCAAAUAUGUAUUUUAAAACCUAUACUUUAUAACAUUUUGAUGCUUUUUUUUAGCCUGUCAUUGAAUUACUUUUUAAAACCUCAGCUUACACCACUUUACCUGCUGUUUCUGAACUGCAUAAAAGUGGUGUUCAAUAAUGAACUUGAACAACUUUUAAUAAGUCAAGAUGCUGUAAUAGUUGAUGGAUUUCCCACCUGAAAACCCUUCAGAAUGCCCUGUUUUUUCCCCCAGCAAAUGAUGCUUUGAACACCUGUUAUGACUGGCAAAAGACAUGUUUUAUAUGGUCAUUGAAUUCCUGCUUAUAAGCCAAACGUUGAUUAAUUCUAGAUGGUUUAAAAGUCAUCAGAGAUCUCAUCGGAAGAGUUGGGAUGCCAUAAAAGUUGGUGGGAAAACUUUCUGGGAUGCAGUAUUUUGUGCCAGUGAACGUUGUUUUCUAACACCCGUUUAUGACCGAUAAAAUAACCUGAUGUUUUAUUUGAUGACUGAGGUUAAAUUUUACACCGAUCAAUAGUUUUUUGUUUUUUUCCUGAAUGGUGUUUGGUGACCACAAACAUACUGUUAUUUCACAUAGGGCAUGUAGCUGGAGACCCAACCUAACUCUUUCCGGGUUGAACAUAAUGUUCUUUCCGGUUGGUUCGUUCACAAACCUUUCCAGUUCUCUUCCAGUUUAUAAGAAGAAUAUAUAACUUAGUGUAGUUUGUGUUUAAGGUGGAGUAAAGGUUAGAAGUUAUUAGUUAAGAAUAGGAAAAAAGACUAAGAGCACUGGAGUCCAAGUAAAUUGCUAACUUUGAUUGCUAACUUUGCAUCCAGGUUCCUGCUUCCCUAUCAGUAUACUUGACCUGAAAACCCGUGUGUGCUGAAUUUUUAUCAUCUGCACCUGCCCUUUGCAGUAGACCAGGGAUUAAUGUGAGCACCACAACAAGACUCCCAUUCAAAGGGUGGUGCCAGAGACAUUGCCCUUAAAGAAAACCGUUUGUGAUCUCUGGCCUCUCGGUGAAGGACAAAGGAGGAAGGGACAGCAGUGUGAGAGACUGACAGCAGGCAGCAUCGUCUCCUGGGUUUAUGGACUGGAGGUGGCGAUGUCUCCAGGAGAGGACGGCCUGAUUGGGAUCCCCUUCCCGGAGCACAGCAACGAGCUUUUGUCCCACCUCAAUGACCAGCGCAGGACGGGACUCCUAUGUGACCUCACCCUUACCUCGCACGGGGCUCGCUACCCUACGCAUCGCUCCGUCAUGGCAGCUGUCAGCCUCUACUUCCGCCGGCUGUUUGGAGCGGAGGAAGGCGGCGGCGAGGGCGGCGGGGGGUUCAGCGUUUGCCAGCUGGAUUGCGUGGCUCCAGACGCUUUGGACGCCCUGCUGGAGUUCGCCUACACUGCCACGCUCACCAUCCCCAGCUCCGGGAUGAGAGACGUGCUGCGAGGUGCUCAACUUCUGGGCAUCCAGUGCGUGGCCGACGCCUGCAGAGACAUUCUCGGAGAGACGGCGGAGGCCGAGGGGCAGGAGGUCUCCGCGGGGGAGCAGAGACCUCUGCAGGCGACUUGUGAGAGGACGGUAGAGAUAGCAAAUGUUGUAGAGAAAAUAUCCAGAAGAAAAACGGACAGAAAGAAGGUAAAAAAAGUUGGCUUACCUCACAACUUCUCACCUUUGAACCCGCUGCCCGCCUCUCCUGCCUCCCACCCUUCACCAGCAUCCGACAGCUUUCGCUCCUUGCCACCCACCCAGCCUCCCAGCCCCGAACCAGAGGAGCUUCACCCCAAACUCGGGCAAAACGGGGAUCCGAGAGCCAUCCGAGAACAUGGGAGAGGGGCCACACUAAAUGGAGGGCUCCUCCACUGGGCACAAGAGCGAUCUCUCAUAGCCCACCCACCUCCGACCCAGAACGACAAGCUGUCUGAGGAUGACGACAUGGAGGGCUUGGACGGCGACAUGAUGAGAUCCAACUCCUUCCCCAGCUCCGUAGCAGACCGAGGUGCCGCCACGUCAGUAGCAGGAGGCGGGAGGAAGAGGAAAUCUCAAACCCCCCAGCAGUGUCCAGUCUGUCAGAAGAUUAUUCACGGAGCCGGGAAGCUGCCACGCCACAUGAGGACGCACACCGGGGAGAAGCCCUUCCAGUGCUCCGCCUGUGGAGUCCGCUUCACACGCAAUGACAAGUUGAAGAUCCACAUGAGGAAACACACCGGCGAGCGCCCUUACACCUGUUCCCACUGCCCGGCGCGGUUUCUCCACUCAUACGACCUCAAAAACCACCUGUCGCUCCACAGCGGGGCGCGGCCCUUCGAGUGCCCGCUCUGCCACAAGGCCUUUGCCCGAGAGGACCACCUUCAGCGCCACCGCAAGGGCCACAGCUGCCUGGAGCUGCGCACUCGUCGGCCCAGGCGAGGCCCGGAGCUGGGAGAGGACGGCGGUGAGAAAGAAGGCAGCCCUCUAUCUCUACAGGCGCACCCCUCCAUGUUUCACCCCCGCUCGGUUCUGGAAGGCGGAGGUGGGAGCGGCUCCAUCGGCGGACCUUCACUGAUAUUCCCAAGCGGCAUCGACAGGGAAAGGUCACUGGCCCUCCAGGCUCUGGCUCAACUCGCCCCGCAGAGGCUGGCCAGCUACCCCGAGCUUUUUCUGCGAGGUCUCGAAAUGCAAGGCGGAAGAGAUUCGGAGAGGGAAGAUCCUGGAGGAACUCGCUCUCCGGCGCUGCAGCAUGACAGAUGGGCUGAUGAAGUGGAAGACGAAGAAGUAGAAGAAGGGGAAUAGUAGAAAAAGAACUUUAUGUGGUAAAUAUCCACAGUAAAAAAAUAAAUAUAAUUAUCUCAGGUGGCUGGACUAAUGAUCUGCUGCUCCAUACAGAGAGCAUUUAAAACUUACCAAAAUACAUUUUAAAAAAAGGAAAAACGGGUUUUCUGAGAUAUUCUUAAUGUUGGUCUUCUGGUUUUUGGCAUUUUAUUGACUUAUUUGUCUGUUUAUGUUUGCUGUUCAAGUAUUUUAGGUUUGACUUGUCUCUAAUACUUCUUUUCUUGCUGGUGUUUGUUGAAUUUCUGCUCACCAGGACGCUUCUCACUAUGCAAACUAAAAUCCAGGGCUUCAGAAUGGAGAAAUAUUUAAAGAUAUGUAUUUUUGUUGAUCCAGAUGCAGUUUGAAAUUCAUAUCGCCUAAAAGAUCACAGUAAGGUUUGUGUGUCCGCUGUCCUCUGGUGGCUAUCAGUGGAAAUACAGUGUAAUUUAAUCAAGCUUAUUCCUUGGGUUAAAAGCAAUAAUUUAGUUUUUUAGUGGUUCGACCUAUGCUUUAUUUUGGUGCUUAAACCAAAGAUCUGCUGGGGUUUUUUUUCUUGUUUUGCAGAAAAAGAGAGUGGAUGAGUUGUAGCCAAUGUUGGGUUUGAAGAGAAGAUUCUUCCCAACUCUUUUGAAAAGCCAUGAGAAAGACUCUACUUAGUUUUUCAGAGCCAAGGUGCUCUGAGCUAAAUGCCUGACCAAAAACAAAAUGACAAAGUCUCGACCAGUGGGUUGAUUCUGGUAAAACAUGCAGCUUUUAUCAGUCUUCCUGUGCUCAUUUAUGUUCUUAAAACAAAUAAGUGUGGCAAAAUGUUGGGAUUACUGAGACAAUAUACACCCCUCCUGUGUAUUUAUUUAUUUAUUGCUAUUUAUUAUGGCCGUCUUGAGACCACAUCCAUCCUGAACCCAGAUCAGAGCCCAGUCUUUGUCAAAAACCUAUGAGAACCCACACUGAUGAUUUUUGCUCAGCAACCCCCGUAUCCCCGAACGCCUUGUUUUUUUAAAAGGCUGAUUGUCUUCUUUUAAGCCAUUCUUCCUCAAACGCAUUCUUUGCACAUUUAACCCACCAGGUUCUGCAGUAAAACCGGCACAUUCCUCCCUUCAGAAGGUAACACAACGGACCAGAGCAAAGACAUCGGCGGUGGGUGGCGGGGUUAAAAACUCCUGGAACUUGAACACAGAUCAAUUUUCCUGUCGUUAACUAAGUGUGGACAAUAUGCUUCGCGCACAUUGCAGUUCUUGUAGUUUGGCUGUGACUAAAAGGGGCCAUUACCUUUUUGAGUUUAUUCAUCUCUGACCAAAAACUUCAUGCUUUCCAUGGCUGUCUUGUCUCAUGUUGUGCAAACAUUAAUGGCUUUAUUUUCUGUUUUUUCUCAAUGAAAUCCAUCAUGUAGCAUAUGUGCUUUUCUGGCCUUGGGUGCACUAUACCCUGUCUUUGCUGUUUUGGAACUCUCUGUUUCCAUUUUAUUUGCACUAUGAGAUUGGAGAGCUUCAAGCUUUUUGUCCAACUUUCAACAUCUUAUCCUUUAACUCUCUCGUAACUAUUUAAAAUUCUGAUUAAGUGGACGGUACUUCUGUACAGCCCUCAUACACACUUCAUGACAUUAGUGGAGUUAUAUACAUACAAAUAUAUAUACAUAUAUAUUUUGGGAUGAAGUUGCCUUAGGGUUUUUUUGUGCUGCAACUAUUCUCAGGAAAUCUUGAGCAAUGCACUAAGUGAUUAUACAAAAUGUCAAAUGGGAAGCAAGCGGUGCUGUAGGAGGAUUGAUACUCUUCAUGCAAGUGGGAAUCCAGUAGUUUGAAAUAUAUUUUUUUUCUUGUAGAUUUUGUAAUGAAGGAAAUCUUAUGUGCAGAUAAAGGUAAUGACAGUAAACUCCUGGCCUUGCUGGAACCUGUCGUACUGGAAUGGCAGUAUGACGGUUGGUCCUGUGCAUGAAGGGUGUUGGUGCUCCCAAUGAAAAGCUUUGUGAAUGAAUGACGGUUAAACUGAUGUCAGCUGUGAAGUGUGUGUUUAUAUGUGAGCUGUUUGUUUUUUUUUUUGUUUUUUUCCUGGCUUUGGUGAGGGGACUUUAAGGGGUACAGUCUGAAUAGAGACCCCGCUAUCAGGGAUGCAUUUUUUUUUUCUGUCAGUUUUUAGAGGACUCCUUCUCAGAGAUACAAAUUCAUUUUCCCAUGAUUUGUUUCAGAUGAUGUAAAGAAAAUAAAGUUAUCUAAGCUUGA